AUGUCGAAUAACUUCUAUGCUACCAGUCUUAACACCGAAGGUGCAACUGCAAAUGCUUAUGACUUUUGUGUUGGCGAUGGACUUGCAUUAAUAAAAAAAAAAGUGUUAAGCAACGUGAAGAAUUUCAAAGCGCCUGAAACUUAUGGUUUACCACUUAAAAUCGAUUUGAAAGUGGGUGCUAAGUAUAUGAUGACAGUCAAUUCUGAUACGGAAGAUGGAUUAGUCAAUGGUGCUUGUGGAAAAUUAGUAAUGAUUGAUUACGGAAAACUUCAAAAAACUAAUGAAACAGUACCAUGUAGAAUAUGGAUUAAAUUCAAUGAAGAAAAAACUGGAAGAAAAGCUAGAGCCAAUUUCCACAAUGUAAUGCGUAAUAGAAAUAUUGACUCUAGUCUUACACCAAUCGAACCAGUAAUACGUCAAAUAAAUACGAAGUCAACAAACUUUAAAGUAGAACGGAAGCAGUUUCCAAUAGUACCUUGUGAAGCUAUGACCAUAUACAAAAGUCAAGGGGGUACUUACGAAAAAGUCGUUGUCAAUCUGAAGAAGGGGACGACAAGAUCUGAAUUAUAUGUUGCUUGUAGUCGCUCAAUAAAAGCAAGUGGUUUAUAUUUAAUUGGUGACUUCGUUCCACCAAAGCCACCUGAACAUAAUGAUUCAGUGGCGAUGAUGUUUAAAACCAGGAGGUCCGAAAGAAUGAUCAAAUUUUCACUUGAAUUUCCUGAAGAAUCUCAAGGAGAAAGACUUUCUGUGAUAUUCCAUAAUGUGCAAUCAUUGAAUAAAAACAUUUUGGAUGUCAAAUCUGACAAAACAUUUUUGUCUGCUUCCAUGAUAAAUCUUGUUGAAACAUGGAUAAAACCUAGUGACUCUUUGGAAAUUGAAGGUUUCAAGGUAGUUCACAGACGUGAUUGUAAUGACAUACGAAAACCAUUUGGUCAAAUCACUUAUUUAAAAAAUCAUUUGAAGUAUGAAAGUAUUGCCGAAAGAUGUGAGUAUUCAGGCAAAAACCAUAUUGAAUACUCCUCAAUAAAAAUUGAUGAUAUUUGCAUCAUUUCUGUUUACAAUUCACCAAACUCGCCAUUCGAUGUCUUAAAACGACAUAUUAAUGAAGUUAUAACUGCUUCAAAACGAUUUUGUGAAAAUAUAAUUGUUGUUGGUGAUUUCAACAUAAAUUUGAAGAUUAAAAUCAAUUACAAAUUUAAUGAAUAUAUGAAAUCAUUCGGACUAAGUUUGAUUAAUAAAUUAAAUAAAAAUUCAACUAAUGCUAAAACACAGAUUGACUAUUGCUUCGCUAAUGUGAAUGGCUGGAAAUCUGAUUAUUUUGAAAGUCUAACAAGUUUUCAUAAACCAUUGCGGAUAAGAAAACAUGAAAUUGACUCACAACUUUAUGUUGAUGAAAACGAACAGAUUCGUACAGAUAUGCCUUUGAAUCUUGAAGAUCUUACCCUAGUCUCAAUCCUGUUCAUUCCUUGA